AUGUCUAUCUCUAUGGUCAGGGUAUUUGUGUUCGGGAUCGAGAUUACUGAAAUCACUAACAACAUUCCUAACGUAAACAACAAGAUGUUUGCCGACAUAACACUAGAGUCCGUAACGUUUAGAUCUAAUUGGAAGAAAGAAAGAUCCCUUGCUAGCAGUGGAUGUCAAACUUCUGAGCUGGUUGUGGAAGAAGUUGCAUGUCAGUCAGUUAAAUACAAAACUGUGAAGACUCAAACAGAGGAUGACAGUGAUAAGUUCUCAGGCUUUGCAGAUGACAACUCUGGUCACCUUGCCGAGUUUUUACGAAGAGUUGAGCCGGCCAUGCAUAAACAGCUCGAAAUGAACGUCAAGAGUCAUGCUUUUGACGAUUACGAGGUGACCUGGGACGAGAGUUCCUCCACAAUGUCUUCUAUCCACAAACUCACAAACGCUGCUCAUGAUGGACAGUUUCAGAUUACUGGACUGUCUUGGAACUCAACUGGAGCAGUCAUUGCAGCUUCCUACGGACGGUUUGACCAUGAGGACUGGUGUACCCACAAGACGUCAUUAUGUACUUGGAAUUUAGAGCGCCGAAACCUGGACGAAAACAAGCCAGACACAGUGCUGGAGGUGUCGAGUUGUCUGAUGUGUACUGCCUUCCACCCCUCUAACCCCGCCCUCAUUGCCGGGGGCACCUACAAUGGUGUGGUAAUUGUGUGGGAUUUAAGUCGAGAAGAUGACAUGGUGUUAACAUCAUCUGGUAUUGGAGAUGAUUCGCACAGGGAACCAGUUUCAAAGGUCACAUGGGUACCAGACACAUCAUCUCUCAAAAAGAACAAAUAUUUGCUUGUCAGUGUUAGCAGUGAUGGUAAAAUGCUUGUGUGGAAAAUGGACAGAAAGACCAAACAGAUAGAACUACAUGAUGGAUUUGUUCUGAUGAACAUGAACCUCCCCACACAGUUACGUAAAUCUCGAACCAUGCGAGGAGACAAGGAAGUGGGCGUCACUUGUAUAUCGUACAACAACGAAAACAAGGACAGUUUUAUCAUUGGUUCAGAGCCAGGGGCGGUGUUUAAAUGUUCCAUGUCAGCAAACGGGGAGCAACCUGCAGAUGGCGGUGAAACAUAUAGAAUCAGGGAUGGCAAUAUAAUUUCAUCCAUUCAGUUGAAAUCCCCAGUGACCUUUACGUACGCCCACCAUUAUGGACCGGUGUAUUCUGCAGAGUUUUCUCCCUUUCACAGGAACGCUUUCCUGACUAGUUCCAUGGAUCAAACACUACGACUGUACAGCAUGCUACAGAAACAACCCAUCAUGACUUUAGAGCCCGGUGAGGGGGUUAUCUACUCAACGAAGUGGUCCUUCAGCCGGCCCGCAUUGUUUGCUGCCACCACCGACACCGGCCUGUUGUUACUGUACGACCUGACACAGAACCAGCCGGUCCCCGUGUAUAAACUGGAGGCUGGGGGACUGAUGGGGAACAAUGCUCGGGCACCUGUCCUCACCUGUCAGUUCAACCAACAUCAAAACAAUCUGAUCGCCACCGGUGAUGCCAUGGGGUGUAUUCAAGUGUUCCGAAUCAGUGACAGCCUCAAAACGCCGCUGUCACGUGACCUGGAGAUUCUGGGAGAUUUAGUAGACAUCACUACCGAGUCCUAGCUCCUUCUCAGCAGAGUACUGUGAUAUUGAUUGAUUAAAAUCCGUCCUCUCAACUCAAUUAUUUGUAGUUGGAUAUUUUGAAAAUUUGAUAAAAAAAAAACAAUCAACAA